CGCGGAUACAUUCGCGAGUCUACCUGACUUAUGCAUAAAGACUGAUUACGUGACUCCAUCGGCUGCUUUCCUCCAAUUACAGUACGUACACGUGUACAAGACAUGAGAAGUAAAACUAUCGUUGCUCUUACCAUUCUUGUUCUCGUCAUGAUCGUUGUCUGGAGACUACGGAGACCAGAACUGCAAUCAUCAGUGAAAUUCCAUCAUUCACGCGUACGUGCACAUGAAUUGUACAGUUUGUACAUGUCACCGUUGAGUUGUAACGGAACGUCACUUGACUUGAGCUGCGAGCUUACAACAAAAGGAGGAGGAAUGCAAAAAUGGGUCUCAUCUAACACUAGACAGUUUCGACACCGUCUAGUACACAUCGACCUAAAAGGAGCUCCUCCUAAAAUGUCGUAUUUGCUGCAACUUCUGUCUCAUUUUAAACAACUAGGCGCCAGUGGUUUGUUGGUAGAGUAUGAGGACAUGUAUCCCUACGAGGGAGAGCUGAAGGUGUUGCAACGGAAAGAAGCGUAUAAAAAGGAGGAAGUGUUGGAGUUUAUCCAAAGAGCAAGUGCCCUUGGGUUGGACAUUGUGCCCUUGGUGCCAACGUUUGGUCAUCUUGAAUUUGUAUUAAAACAAUCAAAGUUUAAAUCUAUUCGAGCAUUGCCUGAUGACUUGUCUGCACUGAGUGCAACUAACAAGGAUUCUCUGGAUGUGGUCAAGAAGUUGAUUGAGGAUGUCAUGCGUCUCCAUCCUCGAUCGAAAUGGAUUCACUUGGGUGGAGAUGAAGUUGAUAGUCUGAGGAGGUCUAAAUCGGAUGUGCAAUCGAAACUAGGCAAGGAUGAUUUGUAUCUUCGACAUAUGAAACCUGUGUUGGAGUUUGUGAGGGAAAGGUUUAAUGGCAUCAGAUCAAUCAUUUGGCAUGACAUGUUAGUUGACUGGUCAGUAUCUAGCCUCAGCGAGUUGGCAAGUCUGGCCGAGCCUAUGUUGUGGGAAUAUCGACCACAUGCUGACAUGUUUAUGGUCGACGAAAUGUUGAGACGAUUUUCUAGUGCAUUUCCUCGAAUCUGGGCUGCCAGUGCAUUUAAAGGGGCUAGCGGUCAGCUGACAGACUUCGUACCUAUUACUGAACGAAUUCAGAAUCAUGUGUCGUGGAUGAGAAUCCUGCAGAAGUUUCCGGGACCCGGUCAACUUGUUGGAAUUGCUCUAACUGGCUGGUCUCGUUAUGACCACUUUGCUACAUUCUGUGAACUUCUUCCUGCGGGUAUACCAUCACUUGGCAUCUGCCUUAAAACACUAGAAUUUGGGUAUCUAAGCAAUUUUGCUCAUAAAGACAUUUCAGAGCAACUGGGCAUGGACUAUUUGGUUCCUUUGGAUGCAGCGGAUGCUUUGCAAUUUCAAGACAAUGCUGUCAAGUCUGGCAGUGCUUUUCCUGGAAGUGAAAUCUAUUAUUUAUCAAUACGUCUUUUGAGAGCUCAGAAGCAAAUGAAUCAUGGAGUUAAUAUUGAUCAAGGUUGGUCAUCACUGUGGAAUGUUCAACAUAAAUUUGUCAGUACUGGGAAACUACAGAGAGGAAAAACAGUGCUCAACAGUGUUUUGAAAACUUACGAUGGUAUUGAAGAAGGAGUUGUGAAGAUUUUGAAAAAAUACUUUGAUGAUACAACAGCAAAGGAGUUUCAAGCCUCGAAAGUGACAGCUAGUAAAGAAAAAAUAUCAUUUAUUAUUAGCAAUGUAGACAAAAAGAUUGCUGAAUGGAAGAAAAUUAAACUUUAUGUGUGGACUUUCAGGACACAGCGCUCUCCACAUUGA